CCUCGCCCGGCCCGGCUUGGCGGGGGGAGAUGUCAGAUGUCGGCAGGGAGAGAGGGAGGGGGGAAUGCGGGGAAGCCGCAGCCCCUCCGCCCGCUGCCAGACGGCCAUUUAAGCAGCGGCCGAGGGGCCGGCGGGAGGAGGCGAGCAGCGGCGGCGCAGGGAGGUGACCGGCCCGGCUCUCCGGCGGCCGUUGCCCCGCUCGCCCCCUCACUCCGCCCCGCGCAGGGCUUCCCCCGCGGCUCCGUCCCCCCGCCUCUCUUAGGGCGGGGCGCGGGGGAGGGCCGGGACGCCGGGCGGUGCGGGGCUCAGCCCGGCCAUGUCUCCGGGGGCGGCGGCGUCGGGCUGAGCGGCCGUGCGCGCAGCGGGGAGCGCUCUCCGCCACCAUGAGGCGGCUGCCCCUGCCCUGCCUCCUGCUGCUGCUGCCGCCGCUGCUGCUGCUGCCGGCCGAGGUCAGAUGUACAAUUGCUUGCACUGAGGACUGCAGCUCAAAAAAUGCAACUACAGAACCAGCAACCAGUAGUAAUGAUGGUUUAUCAGUAAACUCUGCAAGUGGGAACAGAACCUCUGCAGGUGGAAGAGUGGUCGAGGCUGCAUCACUAGCUGAUGAGACAAGAGGAUCCAGUGUGAUUUAUAAUCUCAAGGCAGAAUCCAUUGGUGUGACUAAUGUCACCUUAAAAUGGGUGGUGAAUGAUAGCGCUUCUGACACCUACACAUACAGGAUAGAGGUUGUAAAAGGUACAAGUGAUACACCUGAGAAGAUUGUGAAAUCCAAUGACACCAGAGCAGAAAUUACUGAGUUAAUCCCUGGGACACCGUACAGCUUCACAGUAUUUGCUGUAGCAGCUGAUGAUAAGACAGAAGGAGAAGGAAGUCCCAUACACCUGUGUACAAGGCCCAGCCAGGUUCUUGAUCUCAAGGCAGAAUCCAUUGGUGUGACUAAUGUCACCUUAAAAUGGGUGGUGAAUGACAGUGCUUCUGACACCUACACAUACAGGAUAGAGGUUGUAAAAGGUACAAGUGAUACACCUGAGAAGAUUGUGAAAUCCAAUAACACCAGAGCAGAAAUUACUGAGUUAAUCCCUGGGACACCGUACAGCUUCACAGUAUUUGCUGUAGCAGCUGAUGAUAAGACAGAAGGAGAGAGACGUUCCAUACACCUGUGUACAAAGCCCAACCCAGUUCUUGAUCUCAAGGCAGAAUCCAUUGGUGUGACUAACGUCACCUUAAAAUGGGUGACGAAUGACAGCGCUUCUGACACCUACACGUACAGGAUAGAGGUUGUAAAAGGUACAAGUGAUACACCUGAGAAGAUUGUGAAAUCCAAUGACACCAGAGCAGAAAUUACUGAGUUAAUCCCUGGGACACCGUACAGCUUCACAGUAUUUGCUGUAGCAGCUGAUAAUGUGACAGGAGAAGGAAGUCCCAUACACCUGUACACAAGGCCCAGCCGGGUUCUUGAUCUCGAGGCAGAAUCCAUUGGUGUGACUAAUGUCACCUUAAAAUGGGUGGUGAAUGACAGCGCUUCUGACACCUACACAUACAGGAUAGAGGUUGUAAAUGGUACAAAUGGUACUGUGAAGAACUUGCUGUCCAAUGCAACCAAGGCAGAAAUUACUGAGUUAAUCCCUGGGACACCGUACAGCUUCACAGUAUUUGCUGUAGCAGCUGAUAAAAAAACAGAAGGAGAAGGAGUGUCCAUAUUCCUGUAUACAAGGCCCAGCCGGGUUCUUGAUCUCGAGGCAGAAUCCAUUGGUGUGACUAAUGUCACCUUAAAAUGGGUGGUGAAUGACAGCGCUUCUGACACCUACACAUACAGGAUAGAGGUUGUAAAUGGUACAUUUGUGGAGAGCCUGACAUCCAAUGAAACCAGAGCAGAAAUUACUGAGUUAAUCCCUGGGACACCGUACAGCUUCACAGUAUUUGCUGUAGCAGCUGAUAAAAAAACAGAAGGAGAAGGAGUGUCCAUAUUGCUGGAUACAUUAACUGUCUCAGUGGAUUCACUUCAGUGUGAGCCAGUGGCCAAGCAGCCUUUCCUAAUGCUGAAGUGGAAAUGUCCUUAUGGUAACAACUCUGGCUUCAGAAUCAAAAUAUAUAAUAUAAGUACUUCUGAGGUAGUAAGAGAAGAAUCAGCUUCACGCUGCACAGUUGAAGGCUCUGAGCAAACCUUCCAAACACCACGUUUAAAUUUUUUCAGCACUUAUAAUGUUGCUAUCAUAACACUUUCAAAUGGCUCUGAAAGCUCUCCAGUGGACAAGUUGUGUCACACCAGCAUUACUGACCCACCUCCUCCAACUGAAGUUCCUUCAGUCAAGGUCGUCAGUCACAGCUCGUUGUCUGUUGAAUUCUCUGAUUUUGAUUCACUGAAUGGUCCAUUGGAAGCCUAUGCAAUAAUGAUUACAACAGAAGACCAAAGUUCUGAGUCUUUGAAGUCUAAAUUGAACAACACAUACAGAGAUUUCAAGAAGAAGACAACAACUGCUUAUGUUACAUAUGUUAUAAAAACAGAGCAGUCAGAAUCACAUUCUUCCCGUUCUCAGAGUGAUAAAAACAUCAUUAAUGUAGGCAAGGGAAACACAAUGUAUGGCUACGAAAAUGGACCAUUGAUCCCUCUUCGUUCAUACAGGGCAUGUGUUGCAGGUUUUACUAAUAUAACCUUUACGGACGAUGUAAUUGAGGGGGAAGAUAGUUACGUAUCAUUUUCACCCUGUUCUGAACCAGUCUUACUGCCCCAGGAUCCAGGUGUUAUUGCUGGAGUGGUUAUUGGAUGCCUCUUGGCUAUCUUGGCUGUAGUCGCUGUAGGGGGAUUCAUAUUCUGGAGGAGGAGAAGGAAAGAUAAAAGAAAUACUGAAGUGUCUUUUUCUCCAAUUAAAAUCAAGAAAUCAAAAAUGAUUAAAGUGGAGAACUUUGAGUCAUACUUUAAGAAGCAGCAAGCUGACUCCAACUGUGGUUUUGCUGAAGAGUAUGAGGAACUCAAGUCUGCUGGUGUUCAUCAGCCCAAAUUUGCUGCUGAACUUCCUGAGAACAGGGGGAAAAAUAGAUACAACAACGUCUUACCAUAUGAUAUUUCUCGUGUUAAACUUUCAAAUCAAAGCUCUGGAGCUGACUAUAUUAACGCAAACUAUAUGCCUGGUUAUAAUUCAAAGAAGGCAUUUAUUGCUGCACAGGGUCCAUUACCCAAUACCAUAGAAGACUUCUGGCAAAUGAUUUGGGAAAAGAGUAUCUACUCUAUUGUUAUGUUGACAAAAUGCGUGGAACAAGCCCGGACAAAAUGUGAGCAGUACUGGCCAGACAAACAACCUAAGAGCUAUGGUGACAUUAUUGUGACAAUGGUCUCAGAAGUUGUCCUUCCAGAAUGGACAAUAAGGGACUUCACUGUAGAAAAGUCCAACACCCCCGAGAGCCACACAGUGCGCCAGUUCCAUUUCACCUCCUGGCCGGAUCACGGCGUGCCAGAGACAACAGACCUUCUCAUCAACUUCAGGCACCUUGUCCAUGAGUACAACAGCCAGAAUCCAGUGGACUCGCCUACUCUGGUGCACUGCAGCGCUGGCGUCGGGAGGACGGGGACGUUCAUCGCCAUCGACCGCCUGAUCCAGCAGAUGGAGAUGGAGAACACCGUGGACGUGUACGGAGUGGUGUACGACCUCCGCAUGCACCGACCCCUCAUGGUGCAGACUGAGGACCAGUACGUCUUCCUAAACCAGUGUGUCAUGGACAUCAUUAAAUCCCAGAGGGAGAGGAAAACGGACCUUAUCUACCAAAACGUGACAGCAAUGGCAAUCUAUGAAAACUUCACACCUGGGCCAGCCUUUGGGAAGGCCAAUGGCUACCAUGCAUAGUCCAGAAGGAACCCAGUGCCUCCAUCCAGGAGAUGUUACCUGCCCAUAGGAGAAGGAGGUGUCCGACUCGUGUUUUCUGGGAUUGUGUGCAGUGUUUCAUGUCUGGCUUCUCCAGUUCUGUCUGCAUUCAAAGGUGUGAUCUACAGGAGGAAAAACACAACACUGGCAGGAGCUGCAGACUCAUGUUAAAAAAACCCAAACAACAAAACCCAAGCAAAACUUUUUAAAGUUAACAGAGGAAUCUUGUUUUUUCUUGGGAAUGUAACAGUACUGAUAGGUGAAAUAGCAUUUGCAGUAUGAACAGUGAACUAGAGUUUAAAUAUUAAAAUAAUAACACAAGCUUUUUAUUACAAUUUUAUAUGAUUUCAUUUACAGACACCAGGCUGAUGGGUUGUUUUAAUAUAUUUAAUUAUAAGUUUCAGGAACAUAUUUUAUCUACUGUAUCUGGUUACUUAGUUAAUAGAUAUGUGCCUCUGUGAUCUAUUU